GAGACCCCGCCCUGUCCACACUCAACGUCUGACCGUCCCUCUCCCCGGAUUCUUGUCAUCGUUGCCCCGUCUCGCCUUGCUGAUGUCAGGCGGAUAGAUACCAGUUUUUCUUUUAUGCACCAGUCCGUUAGCUCCAACUGGAGAGCUAACGGCCGCCACAUGAAAUGGGAUGAUGUAGCUGGAUAACCAUGGGACAACUACGCAGUACUUUAGCAUGCUAAGCUAACGCGAAGCUAGUAAGUAGACCGAGUCAGAGAGUCGAAGCUAACCCAGACUAGUGUUCACCUGCGGGCUGUAUGACUGCCACUGCCGUGGUUAGCUAACAGGAUGGAAAAUGGGAAGGAAAACGGCUCCGGGGCGCUUUCAGUUUCAUCAGCGCCACAGGGGACAGUAGACUCUACCGGGGACUUGAUGAAGCAAAGCGGAUUAUCCUCGCUCCCCCAUGGAAAGAGACCCUCCAUCGCGGAGGAUGAGGGUGGGGGCGCAGAGGCGAAACUCUUCGGGAAGGGACUCGCAGCCACCUCUCUUCUUCAGAUUGCCAUCAGAAACGGGAUUUAUCAGAACCAAGUUGCCAACGCCACGGGGAAAAACGGCAGCAAUCCCUCCGUGAAAGCCGCCAACAUGUACGGUUUGACGUCGGCCAACAGCAACACGUCGGUAAACUCGCUGCUGAACAGGCGGCGGCACAGACACAAGAGGAAUCUGUCUCUGGGGGCUCCGCCUGGGGCGUCCUCUGCUGAGGCUGCCAGCCCAGCUCCAUCAACCUCGCCCCUGAGCACCCUAAGCCUGGACAGAAAGACCUUCCUCCGGCAGAAGCAGUCAAAGCGGCUCCAGGCCACUGACAAGUCAUGGGUUAGAUCCGACCUCCAAAGAGGUUGUAUUCACGUCCACGACUGGCUCACACCCUCCAUUCCGCGCCCAGUCCUCUGCAGCGUGGACACCACAGCCAGAGAGGUUGCCACUAAACUAGAGGGAAGCAAAUCUGGGGCUGUGCUGAGAAUCAAUUGCAAACCUGCUGCUGAAUCUGACAUGAAUGGACUCUGUAAAGACAGCAAUGGACACACUGAUACCCUGGAUGGGAAACAUUCUAAAUUGGAGGAAAACUCUAAGAUUUGUCCUGAAACUAAGAUGCCUUCUAACUUAUUUCUUGAUGAAAAAACUGGAAGUAACUCUUCCUCUGAGAUCUGUUUGAAUGACAUCGGCCUUGAUUUGAGCCAGAGCGCCGCAGACUGUUUUGGAGCAUAUUCAGGCUCCGAUAUGGAGAGCAGCACCUGUGAGGACUUCAGCCCAGGAGGACCCAGGAGCACAGAGCACCGAGACUCCCUCAGUGAAAGCCUGGGUUUGGGCAACGACUCCUCGGUGCUCAGUCCCACCUGCGACAGUGCUACAGAGGGACCCGACUCGUUUGAGAGCUCCUCGGAUGAACUAGAACUCACCUCUUCCCCAACACACUCCACUGACAACUCUACAGCAGACCAGCCGCCAUCAGAAGCCCAUGACAAAGACCACACCCAAACAGCCAUCGGUGAUACUACAAAUACCAAAGCUCCUUCCAGAUACCCCAGCAGCUCUCUGACCCGGCCCCUCACCAGCCAGCCAUCUAUCCAGCCUGACCAGCAGGUCCCCGGAGGCGGUGGAGAAUGGCCUGAGCAUCUUAAUACAAGUCCAACCCCAGCCCUCUUCAUCCAGCUGCAUGGGGGAGUGGUGCGGCGGCUGGCGGAUGAUGAACGGCCUCUGCAGAUCCUCAACCAGUACCUGACUAAUCUGGGGUUCGAGGAUGAGUGGAGGGUGCAGGAGGAGGGGAUGAAUCCAGAAAUUGGCUGCCUUAUUCGCUUCUAUUUUGGUAAGCCUCGCAGCGUGGGGGGUUCUGAACGCCUGCAGCUCUCUGGGGUGUUCAACGUGCGGAAAGGGAAGCUGGCCCUGCCGGUGAACCGCUGGUCAAAGCGUCAGGUCACACUGAGUGGAACCUGUCUUAUUGUUUCCUCUGUGAAACACGCCCACACAGGGAAGAUGCACAUCCUGCCUCUCAUUGGUGGAAAGGUGGAAGAGGUGAAGAGGCACAGCCACUGUUUGGCCUUUAGCUCUGCCGGUCCCCAGAGUCAGAUCUACUAUGUCAGCUAUGACUCCUAUGCUGAGCACCUGCGCUGGCACAAGAUGGCCUCAAAGAUCGCCUCCCAGAGGGUGAACUCUGUGGACCUGUCAUGCUGCAGCCUGGAGGAGCUGCCCACUCAGCUCUUUUACAGCCAGGACCUUACACACCUCAACCUCAAGAACAACUUCAUGUCUCUACAAAAAGGCAUCCCUGCACUCACCAGGUUCUGUAAACUGAGAAGCCUUAAUCUGUCCAAUAAUGCCCUGUCUGAGUUUCCUCUGGCGCUGUGUGACAUCCCCUCGCUCACAGAGCUCAACCUGUCUGGAAACCGUCUCUCCUGUCUGCCUGCAGAAGUAGGAACCAUGCACAACUUGCAGAAUCUCCUCUUGGAUGGAAACAGUUUAAGUUUGCUGCCUUCAGAGCUGGGCUCUCUGGAGGGCCUGACCUUCCUCAGCUUGUCCUUCAACUAUUUCAGCUGUGUCCCUCCCGUCCUGGAGAAGCUCAGAGGCAUGGAAAAACUCUGUCUAGCAGGAAAUCGGCUCUCUUUCCUGGAUAUGGGUGGGCUGCAGUGGCUUCCUGCUCGAUACAUAGAUGUCAGGCUGAACCGGCUUCACAAAGUGGCCGUGGCUGAUUCAGAGCUGCUGCUUCACAUCAUCCAGCUGGAUGUGAGAGAUGCUGGCCUCCAGGAGCUUGACGUCAUCUGUUUGGGAAAGCUGGAGCUGCUCCGCUGUGACAGAAACUCCCUCUCCUUCCUCAGAGUCAGCGGCCACACCCUAAAAAGCUUGCAUGCCAGUCAUAAUGAGUUAAUGCAGCUGGAAGUGCAGCCUGCACCAGAAAAUCUGACAGUUCUGGACCUCUGCAGGAACAAGCUGAGAUGUGUCCCAGACUGGUUGUGUGAGAGUAGAAGACUGGAGGUGUUGGACAUUAACCACAACUGUGUCACAGAGCUCCCUGUAUGGCUGCUCUCCAUUGAGAGUCUAAAGAAGCUGCUGGCUGGCUGGAACGAUGUGGGCAGGCUCCCCGAGAGGCUGGAGAGCUCCCAGCUAGAGGUCCUGGACCUCCAGCACAAUCACCUGACAGAACUCCCACACAACCUGUUUAUUAAAGCACAGAGCUUGCGCUACCUGAAUGCAUCAGCCAAUAAGCUGGAAGACCUGCCUGCAGCCAGCCAGUCAGAGGAUGCCUGCAGCAGCCUGGAGGAGCUUUAUGUGACAAAUAACAGUCUGACAGACAAGUGCAUCCCUCAGUUAACAGGUCAUGGCUGCCUCAGGGUGCUGCACCUCGCCUUCAACCAGCUGCAGACCUUUACUGCAAGUAAACUGGCUCCCCUGGAGCAGCUUGAGGAGUUGGACCUGAGCGGUAACAGGCUGAAAGCUGUGCCAACCACCAUUCUCAGCUGCCGGCGGCUGCAAACACUGUCCGCCCACUCCAACUGCAUCAACACCUUCCCAGAAGUGCUCCAGCUGCAGGAGAUUAAGUGUGUGGAUCUGAGCUGCAAUGAGCUGACCGAGGUGGCCCUGCCAGAAGUUCUUCCACCAAAACUUCAGGAGCUGGACCUCACUGGAAACCCUCGACUCAACCUGGACCACAAGAGCCUAGAACUCCUCAACAACAUCCGCUGUUUCCGGGUAGAUCCAUCUCCCUCAGCCUCCGCUGCAAGUGAGAGUCAUGGAGUCCCUGCGGUGUGGAGUCAUGGCUUUACAGAGGCCUCUGGAGUCAAAAACAAGCUUUGUGUAGCAGCUCUAGCCCAGGACACUUUCUGUGGGACUCGUGAAGCUUUGUACGGUGUCUUUGACGGAGAUAGAAAUGUCGAGGUGCCUUACCUGCUGCAGUGCACCAUGGGAGAUGUUCUGGCUGAGGAGCUGCACCGAGGGCCAAGACAGGAAGACUAUAUGACCAACACUUUCCUCACCAUGCAGCGCAAACUGGGCACAGCAGGUCAGAGGAUGGGCGGCGCUGCAGCUUUAUGCCACAUCAGACACGACCCCGUGGCGUCUGGGGAACCAGGGAAUUGCUUUACUCUGAAAGCCGCCAACGUGGGCCGGUGUCAGGCCGUACUGUGUCGAGGAGGGAAAGCUCAGCUGCUGUCCGACAUCCACACGGUCAGGGAGGAGUCGGAGUACGAGAGGGUCCGACAGCACAAUGCCAUCAUCACAGAGGAUAACAAGGUCAGUGGUGUGACUGACUCCACCAGGAUGAUGGGAUACUCCUUCCUCUGUCCCUCUGUGAGACCCUGCCCUCAUGUUUCCACGGUGACGCUCACCCCUCAAGAUGAGUUUUUCCUUCUGGGAAGUCGAGGACUGUGGGACUUGCUAUCUCCCGCCGAGGCUAUUGAAGCAGUUCGAAAUGUUCCAGACGCGCUAGCCUCUGCUAAGAAGCUGGUGACGCUGGCUCAGAGCUACGGCUGCUCCGACAGCCUCAGCGCCGUGGUCGUUCAGCUCAACAUCACCGAGGACUGCUGCUGUUUUUGCGAGCCACCCCCUCCGCCACCCAGUCCAGGACCCGCCGCUCAGCCCGCUCUGCAUUCCUACUCAUGCGGCAGCGAUGGUGGGAUCCCGCUGCUGCCCGCCUCGUCUGGAACGAUGAGUGAGCUGAGCAGCGAAUUCAGCACCUCUGAGAUGAGCAGUGAGGUGGGCUCCACAGCGUCCUCUGAGGAGCCGCCGCCACAGACGGAGCCUCUCAGCUCCCAUCUUAACGCUCAAGGCAGGGCUGGCGUGCGACGACCUGCCAUUGGUGGGAGUGGCGUCCAGAGGCAGUUCUCUGGUGCGCUGUCUGAUAACGGCCUGGACAGUGAGGAUGAGGAGCCCAUCGCUGGCGUGUUCUCAAACGGCAGCCGAGUGGAGGUGGAGGCGGAUGUCCACUGUCUUCUCCGGCACAACUGUGCUCAGUCUAACGCAGCGAGCACAAACAAACCCAUCGCCGCCGCUAAUGAGCUUUUACCUCCCAGCCUGACCUGCCCAGCUCCCUGGCCUGUCCCUCCUUCCUCCCCGGGCCUGAGCCACGAGGCUCGCUCAGCGACUCUGGGCCGCAGGGCUCGAGGUAACGGCUCCGUAGCCUGUCAGGGCCGCAGCCAGGAUCUUAUUGAGGAAGCAGCAGAAGCCCCCAUCAGAAAGCAGGGGGGGUACUUCAACGCCCCGGCCCAGCCGGACCCGGACGACCAGCUGAUCAUCCCACCGGAACUGGAGGAGGAGGUCCGGCAGAUCAUCCAGCAACAGCAGGAGCAGAUGCAGACACACAACUACCAGAGACCAGCAGACUAUUUCGUUACACCUCUCUGACUGCUGCCGUCAGCAUCAUCAUCCUCUUCUCCACCCAGCUUCCCAAACAGAGUCCAAUCUCCUGGCCGCUGAGCUCAAAGAAAACUAAUUCCUGAGGUUUUCUUACUCCCUUUAUUUUCUACUGUUAACAAGCCCUGAAACACAAUGCAACUUUUGUAACUUUGUUGAUUAAAUCUUCAUGUAAAUUACUUUUACCAUAUCUAUGAUAUGAAGAAGCACUUUGCGUUGUAGUAGCUUUUAAGCUUAGUUCUACGUCAAACGGUACUAUAAGAACCGGACCAGCGGAUAUUUUCCCCGUUUGGGUCGCAGCUGAUGGCCUUACAAGUGUCGGAGUUAGAAACUGUUAACUAACUCCAAGGAGUUUAAUACUUUAAAGUGAGUUAGUCACUGAGGCUUCACUAAUGUUCUCUGAGAGAAAAGAUGAUUAUUCCCGAAGGCUGACGACGUUCCAGGUCCGUGUUCUCUAGGUGGUGCUGCAGUGUUUGUAGUUACUAACAGCACAGAGCAGGGUUACAGCAAACAGCACAAGAGACCUACUUUUGCUAAACAAUAAAGUUUUCAGAUAACUGCAA